AUGGAAUUGUCACCCUCUUUGAAAAAACUAUGCCCUUUCUGUGAUAAACAAGUGGAUACAAUAAAUUAUAUCGAACAUAUAUCAUCGCAUCAAGAUACAGAUCCACAAUUGACAAAUAAUGGAACUGAUACAGAAAAAAAAGAAGAUUGUGAACCAUCAUUAAUGUUGCAAACUGGUGAAUGUUCAAAAUGUUUAAAACAAAUAAGUAGUGAUUUGAUUCGUUUAUUUCCAUGUAAUCAUUCAUUUUGUAUUAAAUGUAUUAGUAGAAUGGCUCAGGAUGGUUUAAAAGCUCAAAAAAAGCUAACAUGUCUUAUUGAUACAUGUUCUUAUCAAUUAAAAAAACGAGAUAUUAAACGUCUUCCAAUUGAACAACGAUAUUGUGUUCAACUAUUACGAUUACUAUCCGAAGAACGUAUUCAAUGUCAAAAAUGUUUAUUUUAUUUUUCGGAUGAACAAAUUGAUGAACAUGAAGAAAUAUGUUCAGGUCGUGAUUCACUCAUACCGUGUGAAAAAUGUUCAUGUACGUAAUUUAUUUCAUUACAUAAUUAGAAUAUUUACCAACAGGAUGUAUCAAAUGUAAGAUUUCCAAUUGUGUUUAGUCACCAUGGUGGUAGACAGUCUUUUGUUGAAGAAGUGAAACAUUUGCGUGCGUAUACCGAUGUCGAACAAUCGGAAUUUAAUGGAUGUCUGCCGAUUAUUUUUAUAGACAGCUCAUUAAUUAUGAGUGUCCUAAACUAGCUUCUUAUAAUAGUUCGCAUACUCUUACAGCCUGUCUGAUCAAUUACUUUCAAGAUAAGCGUGAUAUUUGUUGUACUCAUAAAAAGGUUCGACAAAACAGAAAAUCUAACGGACCAUGUCAAAACUUUGGAUGGGAAUGUGUCUGUUUCUCCAUCCUAAUCGAAACCUCUAUUCCACAGUGGGCAAUCAAGUGGACAUUAGGCGAAAAAAUGAAAGUGAACUUUUUUCAAGAUUCAAAUAGCAGGUCAUAUACUUCAGGUUACGCUUUAUUUAAAUGACAUUAGAAGUUUGCUUCCAAGUGCCACAGUUAGUGAGAAAAUCGGUGCGAAAGUUUUUGUUGCAAAACAGACUGAUGAACAGAGGAAAAUUAUUUUUGGCGAAGCAGAAUAUGAUAGUUAUAAAAAUCAUAUACAGUUUGAAACCAGAGCUUUCACUCUAUCUGUUCGUAAAAAUUUGUUUUUUGUGAGACGCUCUGGAACCGGAAAAAUAAUUUUUCUUUCUGCACUAGGUGUUUUCCGAAGUGCGAACUUCAGUAUAGUGGGAUUGCCAUUUUUUUCCAAGCUCUAAAUUGAACGAAACUUUCAGAGAAUAUUCUUCUACUAACGAUACAUUUAUGCUGUUAGCACAAAUGAACGCAAAUGUUGCUGGACCGCAUUAUAAGUUUUUAAGGUAAAUUCGACUUUUCUCGUUUCCGAAACAGCUGUAUUAAAAAAAUAAUAACAUAUUCUUAAUCAGCGCACAAAACUGCGUCAAGUGACAAAAUUGUACAAAAUUUUUUAGAUAUGCUCUUUCCAAUGGUGUGGUUUACAAAGUUCACAAGUAUUUUUAUGUAGGUUUUCCGGAGAUCCGGGUCUCUAGAAAACCUAGAAAAUACAUUUUUGAACUCUGUAAACCCCACUAUUGAAAAAGCAUAUCUAAAAACCUAUAAAAACAGCAUUUGCAGUCUUUUGCACUGCUUCUAAAGUAUAUGUCCACUUGCCUAGCCAAAGUUGUCCACUGUAUGUUCCCGUAAUAUCUCAAUUUAACCAUUUUUUUAAUUAAAAUACAGAUAGUUUCUGUUCGAAGGAGUUAAUAAAUCUUUUCUCGUAUCAUAAUAUGGUGGCAGGUGGUAGUACCUAUUAUGUCUUCUUCCUCCUUAAAAAAAACUAUAAGUGUUUGACGAACGACAAUCAUUUUUAAUAUUUUUUGAUUAUUUUUAAGAAAAAUAACCAUAACUUAUCGAAGAAAUAUCUUUUUUACUUAAAAUUUUCGGAAAAUAAUCUUUAACACUUGUAUUCACAAAUUUUGUAUGCACAAAUUAUUCACACAAAAUUGUCAAAUUAAACAGAUCCGAUUUUAGGUCAGAAUGUGGAUGAGUAACAAUAAAAAAUUUAAUUUAAAAAUUGAUUAAUCUUAAUCUUCUUUGACUAGAAACUAUUUGUGUUUUAGUAAAAAAUAGCUAUAAUGGUUGUUGAGUCACAUAAAAAUACAUCCUGUUGACGAGUACUGUAUGUAUUUGACAUACUAGAUGUCAGAAGGGUGCCGGGAGAAAGUGUCUGUUUUAGUAGCAUGGCAAUAAGUUUUUACCGUUGGCACAUGACGAGCGCUAAAGAUAUGAACGCGACGUUAUUCGAUGCAGAAAUGUUCGCUCUAUACAUCUGUUCACUUAGUUUCUUCAAUGGACGUUUAUUUAAAAAAUUAUAGCUAUGAGACCACGGGGCAAUUCCCGUGGAAAUUCUCCGCCUCAUCCCAUGGGGGUUGCCCCGUGGUCUCAUAGCUAUAAUUUUUUAAAUAAACGUCCAUUGAAGAAACUAAGUGAACAGAUGUAUAGAGCG